AUUGAACAAGAUGGUGUUAGUAAUCGUAACGUCUUUUACCAUUGCGUUAGUAGUUUUGGCAUAUUUAUUUUAUAAAAAGUUUACUAGAACGUACAGCUAUUGGAAGAUCCGAGGUGUCAAAGGGCCAACACCCCAGUUCCCUUUUGGUAAUUUUAAACGUUUCCUUACUAAAAAAGUUUCCUUUACAACGUUAAUAAAAGAAUUUUAUAAUGAAUUUCCUGAAGAAAACGUUAUUGGAAUAUAUCAAGGCUUAACACCGGUACUCAUCGUCCGAGACCCAAAUAUAAUGAAACGCAUAUUUGUAAAAGAUUUCUUUUAUUUCCAAGACCGAGGUUUUGAAUUAAAUGAUGAGAAAUUAAAAAGGAGUAAUUUGUUUACUAUGAAUGGUGAAAAUUGGAGAGUUUUACGGCAAAACCUAACCCCCAUUUUCACCAGCAGCAAAUUGAAACAAUUUGUGCAAAUUCUCAACAGCAGUACAAAAAGUUUCAUGGAAUAUUUAGACGAGUUAAUUCAUGAAGAAGUUACGCAUGAAGCACGAGGUUUGUUUAGGAAAUAUUCAGGUAAAAGUUUACUAGCAGUCCAUUUUGGAUACCAUGUGGACGCUUGGUCAGAUGAAAUUAAUACAUUGAUUGAGAAAUGUGAUAUUAUUUCGAAGCGUAUGGGUGUCUUUAGAUUCUCUUUAAUAAUGUUACGUAACUUUGGAAUUACAUUUCUUGAUAAAUUUACGCGGAUCGUACCGGAAGAUUCGUUGAAUUAUUUUGCUAACAUUGUCAACAAAAUUACUAGUGAGAGAGAAGGAAAGCCAAAGAGAAAAGAUGAUCUAAUGGACUUGUUGCUCAUACUGAAAGAAAAAGAAAAAAAUGCAUCUGGUAACAACAACAAGGUGAUAGAAUUUACCAAUGAUAUUCUAACAGCACAGGCUUUAGUAUUCGCUCUUGGCACAUUAGAAGCUGUAUCAACUAAUAUGGCGUUUAUAUUCUACAAACUUGCAUUAAAUCCUGACGUUCAAAAUCACUGCCAUGAAGAAAUUAAGUCAAUCAUGGAAAAGUACAACGAAGAACUCACUUACGAAUCACUGGAAGAAUGUAAAUAUCUUUCUAUGACGUUUGAUGAAGCGCUACGCACAGCUCCUGGCGGAAUGACUUUUAGGCAAUGCUUGAAAGAUUAUGAGAUUCCAGAAUUAAAUCUGAUGAUUGAAAAAGGAACUCUAAUCUAUAUACAUUUCUCGUCUCUACAAAACGACCCGAAAUAUUAUGAAAAUCCUAGUAAAUUUGAUCCGAUGCGAUUCGCACCAGAAAAUAAGAACAAAAUUGCUAAUUUCACUUAUUUGCCGUUUGGCGAGGGACCCAGACAUUGUAUCGCAAAGCGUUAUGCAAAAUUGCAUCUAAUGGUGGGACUAGCUCACUUCAUAUACCGAUAUCGAUUUACGCCUUCGGAGAAAACUCCUCAGGUUCUGCAACUCGAUCCCAGAUACUUGGGUCCCGUUUCCGUUGAUGGCUUGUGGAUAAAUAUAGAACGAAGGAUAAAUGCAUAAUUCAAGCACUAACCUGAGACGCGCGUUUGAUGGAAGUAGUACCUACACGGAACAACUGCAAACGUUUCUGAAGCAGCUAUAUCUUCUUUACCUACCAUUUCAUGUCAUUUUAAUACAUUGAUUUUAUUAUUAAUUAGUACUUAGGCAUUAAUAAUAAAUCAAAGUACCUAUUUCAUUUA